AUGAUCGCACAGGCAUUGGUUGUGACCCAAUUUCAGCAACCCUUAGUGAGUCUGAUACAACCGAUUUCUGGUGGUCCAGCAUCUUUCAGGAUAGCUCUGGCUGGGGUCAUCGUUGACGACAUGAUUACCAGGAUCUUGUACGGUAGUGCAUUUUCUUUGAAAGCUGAGACUUCGAAGACCGAACCUACGGAUCAGGACAGACCGAAUAAGGGAAAUGACGGAGACACUUUGAAACAGAAGGCUCAGGAGAAGUUGAAGAAGAAUCCUAGUGCGCUUGGGGAUCCUGUCUCGUUGAAGGCUGAGACGAGUGAUAACUUCGUGGUUGCCAUUCUUCUCAUCACGGCCAAACACAUCCAUUCCGCAUUCUUGCGAGCAACCAGCAACACGAUGCUGCCGACUCCACCACCUACCGAGAAGAAGGCUCAAGGCAUGUUCGCAGAGCGUCAGCGCAAAUUGAGAUAUUACGAGGAUGCGUACGGCAGACGCAAUGCAGAUGAGGGUGCAGAAGGACGGCAAGAUCUGUGCGAGUCGGAGCCGGAUAGCGAGGACGAAGUGCAGCGCGACGAGCAGCAUCGUCGUAAGACUCCAGGAAGGCAGAGCCAUGUCGACCGCAGUAGCGAGCCUGAAGAAAGCGACGAUUCUGAGAUUUCCGAAAGCGUGUAUCUCGACCGGCCACAGUACAAGAUCGCUCCAAAUGUCAACGGCAAGCGGUCUUUGACGGAGCAGGAGUACGACACGGCGAAAUCGGAUCAGCAGCGGCUGGGUAUGUUCGGCUCAGCAGCGCCUUCAGCAAGAGAGCCCCGAGGCAGGACGGCGGACUCAGAUGGGUACUUCAUGUCUGGUGGUCGUGGUCGCGGGGAUAGUCCCAUCUCGCUUGCUGGCCGCGAUAAAUAUGUGUUCAAUGAGCGUGCAGCUCCCACGGGAAAGGCAAAGCGGACUAGAGACGUCGCUGCCGUGGUUGAAGACAUCGAAGAGGCUCCCAGAAAGAGGACUCGCGUUCGGCGUCCUGCGCAUCGUCAGCUUAUCAAGGCCCAGCUCCAGGAGAAGGCUCGAGAGGAGCGAUGUGCGCGACGUGCCGCUGCGAAGGCUUCACAGUGCGAGAAAGCUGGAAAAGGUGGGAGCAUUGAGAAGAAGGAAUCGGCGAAAAAGAUCCGGGCAUGUGGGAAGGGUGGGAAGAAGAGCGGCAAGCGGGGCAGUGGCACCAUGCGCGCAGCAGUCGUGGUGAUCGACAACAGUCAUAUCAACUUCGCGGAGUACGAGCGCUUCGAGCAGUAG